AUGUCUGCUUCAGUUGCUGGGUCGAGUACCCCAUCGCCUUUGAGAGAUUGGUUGCUGCCAAUGCCACAGGAUAUUGGGAUCGACGAUUCGUUUUCAAACGACCUUAUUCGACAAUUCGACAAGAAACGAUCGCGAUUACGCGUAGAAAUGAUGCAACAGUCCGGCACUGCUGGUCCUGCUGCUUUUCCACCACCACCAUUGACCGAUUCAGAAGACAACGAUUCCAUAUCAACAUCGUCACCACAGCAACCAUCACCACAGCAACAACAAAGACAAGGUGAUUAUCUUCAGCAACGUCGGCGUCAAGAACUCAUCGAUCAAGAAAAAGAGAAACGACGUCGUUCAGCAGGUGAUUUAUUACGACGAUCAUCAGCUUAUUUGCGUGCCAAGAUUGAUGCUUUUCGAGGAAGUACUCGUUCGCAUGAUAAUCUACGGGAAAGGUAUUCAUCGACAACAACAACACCGCCACCACCACCACCAGCGGCAGCCUCAUCCUCCCCAUCCAAGCUUGUUGUCAAUACAACGAUUGCUAUUCCGCAAUUCAAUACUUCUACACAGCAAAGCCGGUUCUUGUCUCCUGCAGCAGCAGCUAUUCAGCCACCUGUUAUUACACAAUAUCCUCCAAAGCCUCUAAAGUAUUCACCUAUUGAUCCACCUUCGGAUGAUACAAGCAGUAGCAGUCGUCAUGGCAACAACAAACGCCAUCAUGGUAUUAUCCAGCAUCGUAUCUCGUUACCAGCGUUGCGUGUGGUGGGUAGAGCUUCAGGAGAACCUCGUAGGCGUUCUGAUGUAGGUGUCGGUCGACAACAACAGAAAAAGACAUCAUCGUCGGGCGGUGGUCCAGGGGAUAAGAAAUUGCCAUUUGGUGCUUUCAACAGGAAGGGGAAGGAGCGAGCAACGGCUUCUUCAGCGCCACCCACCUUGCUGAAUAAUGGUACCUGUGAUCCGCAACAGCAACAUGGCAACCCAUAA